AUGGCGGAAGAGAAUUACAAGGACUACCUCACUGCAAGAGUGGUUACCGAACAAAAGCCCGUCACUUACAGGCUGUUAAGCAGAGCGCUUAAGAUCAAUGUCAAUACAGCGAAGCGGAUGCUCUUCGAGUUUCGGAAAAACCAGAAUGCGCGGAAACCAAACUCUAUUCAUGCGACCUAUCUGGUAACUGGUACACCAAAACGAGCCGAGAAGACCAAUGGUGCCCACACACGAAAGGGCGAGGACACAGACAUGCGCAGCUCGCCUCCCAUGAGCUCCAUGCCUACGUCCGAAUUGCCUCAAGAUUCUGAUUAUACUAGUGACCCCGACGAUGAGGACACGCCCGCACCAGAGGGUGUGAAAGAGACCCGGAUUAUGUUGGUGCGAGAAGAGGACUUGGAGAAGACCCGCUCAGAGUUUGAAGAAGGAUUCACGGCUCACAUCUACAGUCUGGAGCCUGGUCCGCUUGAGAUUCUCGGCGUGCUGUCUUUGUGUAAUCGCGAGGUUGUGUCAGAAUAUACAGAUGAAGAUCCUCUAGAGCGAUGGAGAGCGUAUGGUUCAAUUCGAAACCAACACAUCAAGAGAAGAACCGCGAAAUAUGCCCCUCCUACUGCUUCGUCCAAGCCCGCUGCGAACCUCGUCAUAAAGUCUACCGCAAAAGCCACAACUACCCUAGGUGCAAAAGAGAAGGAGAAAUCAGCAUCUACCCAGAGAGGAAGCACAUCAGAGGACAACACAUCGGGUCGCUCAACGCCACAACCUUCUGCGGCCCCUAGUACACUCAAGAGGAGCGAUUCAAAGUCAGGGGCGAAAAAAGACAAGGCAACAGGCGAUUUGUUCAAGUCUUUUGCAAAGGCCAAGCCGAAAGCGAAAGAGGCAGAGAAGUCCAAGGAGUCUACGCCGGCCCCGGUUGAAGAUGAACCAAUGCAAGGAAUGUCUGAAGACGAAGGCGAUCCCGAUGACGAACCCGAAAUCAAAAUCGACGAGGAGAAGAAUGAAGCAGCCCGCAAAGCCCGAGAGGAGCGAGCCGAACGACUGCGCAAGAUGAUGGAAGACGAUGACGAGGAGAUGCCCGAUGCGCCAGCCACAGCAGAUUCACAACCCGAUGCGCCGUCUACAGCGGCAACGGAUACGACAGAGCCAGCUGAUGGUGAAGCUACUGUGACCGUAGCAAAUGGUCGUAGACGCGGCCGAAGACGCGUGAUGAAAAAGAAGAAGGUCAAGGAUGAGGAUGGCUAUCUCGUGACCAAGGAAGAGGCCGUCUGGGAGUCCUUCUCAGAGGACGAGCCUGCACCAAAGAAGGCCAAGCCAGCACCUGCCAAACCAUCAAGCUCAGCGAAAGGAAAGAAUGCAGGCAAGAAAGGGCAGGGAAGCAUAGCCAGUUUCUUCAAGAAAGCUUGA